AUGACGAGAACACAGCCCCCGAUUGCCAUUUGCGGAGCUGGUCCCGGAGGUGAGUAAACGUAAGAGAAGUUUGAAUUCCGUGUCGCGAGCUGAUUCAGUCAGGCCUCAUGUGUGCGAGGAUCCUGGAACUCGCGAAGAUCCCAUACGUGGUGUUUGAGCGUGAUGAAUCAGCUACUUGGGCAGACGGUAGAGGUGGCAGUGGAUGCCUGGACAUUCACCCCGAUUCUGGACAGCUUGCGCUCCGUGAGGCCGGCCUAUUUGACCAGUUCAAGGCCGUUGCGCGAUUUGAUGCCACGAAUAGGUUCGCCGACAAGCAGGGCCAAGUCGCGCUGGAGCUCAAAGGCGGUGGCCUGAGCUUACAAAUCCGCAAAAUGGUUUUGCCGGUUUUGCUACCGCACCACCACACUCUCACACACCGUAAUCGCAGUAGUUACGGGGCCGACAUAGUUGCUGCUAGGGCGCUCUCGGGCGCAGACUAAGGCGGAGGCGAAGGAGUAGGUUAAUAAUUAGGCUAGUAUCGGUCGUAGAGUCGUCUAUAGAUAAAUGUGAGAGUCUCCUAGUCGAUUAAUGCUAUGAAUUGUCGAUUUGCGAGUCUGCGAGUACGAUCUAGGUAGGAAAAGAGGUCUAGGUUCGCUAGAUAAGAAUGCCUUCUUAUAAAAUAGCCUACUUAUUAUUAGUAGCUGCCUUAUUAUUCGAUAUUGUAGACUCGUACUUAUAAUAGUAUAAGCGCGAUAAUAGCUUUUAAUCAAUAUAAAGCCGCGCACCGCUAUUAACGGGUUCAAUAUGAAGCUAAAAGCUGCGCCUGACUUUAUAUUAACCGUUUACGUCGACAAUAGCGGUGCGCGACACUCGUAGAGCCUUAUUGUCGCUGUCGUAAGUUGUUAUUGUGGUAGUAGAGUGAGUCGCGACUCACAGCGAGUGCCGCUUCGGCAGUCGGCAAAACCAUUUUGCGGAUUUGUAAGCUCAGGCCACCGCCCAAACCAACGGGCGAAGACGAUGCUAGGCCAGAAAUGGAUCGCAAGGACCUUCGCAGGAUACUUCUCCGAUCCGUACCUCAGCACAACAUUCGUUGGGGAUGUAAGAUCCAAGAAGUCAAGAAGGACCGUGACGGCUCCAUGACAGUGCAUUUGGCAGAUGGCCGAAUAGAAUCUGGAUUCCGUCUUGUCAUUGGAGCCGAUGGCGCGUGGUCCAAAGCUCGACAGCUGGUUUGUUGGUCCUUCUAGAAGUGCGACUUCGGAUCGCUAACGUCGAUCAGAUUUCUCCCGCGAAGCCUCAAUACCAGGGCGUCCAUUUCUUGACAACUUCCAUGUCUCCGAGAAACGAGCACUACGCUUGUGCCUCUUCGCUCGCCGGCAAAGGCAACUACUUGGCCUUCGGCGAUGCCAAGAACAUCAUCUGCAUGAAGCUUGGAGACGGCUCAUACUACGUGGCCUUCGGGACGUGGCUGCCGGAGAAUUGGGUUGAGGAAAAUCCAGUCCUUGCCAAAGAUCCCACAGCGCUUCGACAAUGGAUUCUUGACGAACAUCUUGCCGACUGGCCCGCCGUACAUCGCGAUCUGAUCAAGUACAGCGACGCCAACUUCCGGCCUUGGAAGCUGGUCUCUAUGCCGACAGACGCCAUUCCAUGGAAGACAGUCCCUGGCGUAACUCUGCUCGGAGACGCAGCGCACUGCACGUGAGUAUAUAUCCGUGGGGUUCGUAAGAAUGGACAUGUGCUGAUCGGUCCCAGAGUUCCAAACGGUGAAGGUGUCAAUCACGCUUUGUACGAUGGGUACCUCCUGGCUGACCAGAUCAUCAAACGCGGCCUGGACGAUCUUGGUGGCGCAGUAGAAGAGUAUGAAAAGCUCAUGUUUCCUCGAGGCAUCGAGCAGGCCCGCAGUGGGCCGACUGUCAUGAAGAUGAUGUUGGAUGAGGGCGCACCGCAUUCAUUGAUUCGGUUUAUGAUGGGACCUGAGCAGGAUGCCAGAACUGCUCCGUUAGCAGAAUAG